AUGUCAACGAUAUUACCACCAACUUUACAUCGUUCAACGAAUCAAAAAGGAGUUAUUCAGAGCAAUAAUACAACAUAUCAAAGACAACUAUAUAUAUGUCGUUGGGAUGGGUGUGAUCAAAAAUUUAAUGUUAGAGAACUCAUAAGACAUUUAUGGGAAACCCAUAUAAAAAUAUUGGACCCAGAGUCUUCUAUAUUUCAUUGUAAAUGGCGAGAUUGUAGUAAUCAUGAAUUUACAUCAACAGAAAAUUUACGUAGCCAUGUAAUGGAAAAACAUUGUAAUUUAUCUACUCAGCAAUCACAAUCACAACAAUUAAACACAGGACAAACAUUGACGGGAUCACCAAUGAAUCAGGAAUCAACAACACAACAAAAUAUUUCGGAAUCAGUUCAACAAAAACCGGAUUCGCGAUCAGAAUUACAGUUGAAUCAACAAAAACAACAAAUCGAAGAAAGCCAGAAAAUGGUUUGUACGCAAAUUCAAAAACUUCAAUUGGACUCAGUAUCACCUGAUAGUCCUCAGCAAAUAAAUACUAAUAAGCCAACAAAGCUAAAUGAAGUAGUUAUUAUAGAUGAUGAUGAAUUUAAGCCCACUCAAAUUUCUAAUCCCACUCAAAUUUCUAAUCCUACUCAAAUUUCUAAUCCCACUCAAAUUUCUAAUCCCACGCAAAUUUCUAAUCCGGUUUCUGCUACACAACAAGCCACAAAUAACAGGAUUCCGGCGCGAGGGUUAGACCCAAGGCAAAUCGCACAAAUAGAUCGAAGACAAGUUCCAUCUUAUAAUAUAACCUUUAAUCAACAAGUUCAAGCCUCAAAUCAACGAUUUCAGGUUCCAAGUCAGAUGACGCAAUCCCAGAGUCAGAUGGUACAAGUCCCAAGUCAGAGGGUACAAGUACCAAGUCAGAGGGUACAAGUACCAAGUCAGAGGGUACAAGUACCAAGUCAGAGAGUACAAGUAUCAAGUCAGAGGAUACAAAUCCCAAAUCAAAGAGUACAAAUUCCAAGGGUACAAGUUCCGAAUCAAAGAGCUCAGAGUGGGGUAAAUUUGUCACCACGUAACAGCAAUUUUAGAUAUCAUUCACCACAACAGGGAUCCAACAUUAUUUAUCCACAACAGACAUCUCACUCAAUAGGUUUACCACAGCAG